CCCGGUCCCAGCCCAGGCUCCAGAGAAGAGGCAGCUGAGGUCCGCAGAGGCCCAGGCGCAGGGAACAGCCGAGGGAAGGAUCUCCACAGGGGCCCAACACCGCCGCCAACUGAAGCCCCCAAAAGGAACCCGGUGAUGCUGCCCAGGCUGUGAACAGGGGAGGCAGCACUGUGAGGGCUGCCGGCAGCCGGGGCUGGGGAGAGACAUGUGGACACGUGGCCUCUAUGGCUCCCGCCUGCCAGAUCCUCCACUGGGCCCUCGCCCUGGGGCUGGGCCUCAUGUUCGAGGUCACAUAUGCCUUCCGGUCUCAAGAUGAGUUCCUGUCCAGUCUGGAGAGCUAUGAGAUCGCCUUUCCCACCCGCGUGGACCACAACGGGGCACUGCUGGCUUUCUCGCCACCUCCUCCUCGGAGGCAGCGCCGGGGUGCAGGGAUCGCAGCCGAGUCCCGCCUCUUCUACAAGGUGGCCGCACCCAGCACCCACUUCCUGCUGAACCUGACCCGAAGCUCCCGUCUACUGGCAGGGCACGUCUCUGUGGAGUACUGGACACGAGAGGGCCUGGCCUGGCAGAGGGCUGCCCAGCCCCACUGCCUCUAUGCCGGCCACUUGCAGGGCCAGACCAGCAGCUCUCAUGUGGCUAUCAGCACCUGUGGAGGCCUGCAUGGCCUGAUUGUGGCAGACGAGGAAGAGUACCUGAUUGAACCCCUGCAAGGUGGGCCCAAGGGUCCCCGGGGCCCAAAGGAAAGUGGCCCCCACGUGGUGUACAAGCGUUCCUCUUUGCGUCACCCCCACCUGGACACAGCCUGUGGAGUGAGAGACGAGAAACCGUGGAAAGGGCGGCCGUGGUGGCUGCGCACCCUGAAGCCGCCGCCUGCCAGACCCCAGGGGAAUGAGACGGAGCGCGGCCAGCCAGGCCUGAAGCGAUCAGUCAGCCGAGAGCGCUACGUGGAAACCCUGGUGGUGGCCGACAAGAUGAUGGUGGCCUACCACGGGCGUCGUGAUGUGGAGCAGUACGUGCUGGCCAUCAUGAACAUUGUUGCCAAACUUUUCCAGGACUCGAGUCUGGGAAACACCGUUAAUAUCCUCGUCACUCGCCUCAUCCUGCUCACAGAGGACCAGCCCACUCUGGAGAUCACCCACCAUGCUGGAAAGUCCCUGGACAGCUUCUGUAAGUGGCAGAAAUCCAUCGUGAACCACAGUGGCCACGGCAACGCCAUCCCUGAGAACGGCGUGGCCAACCAUGACACAGCAGUGCUCAUCACGCGCUAUGACAUCUGCAUCUACAAGAACAAACCCUGCGGAACACUAGGCCUGGCCCCCGUGGGUGGGAUGUGUGAGCGAGAGAGAAGCUGCAGCAUCAACGAGGACAUUGGCCUGGCCACGGCAUUCACCAUUGCCCACGAGAUCGGGCACACAUUCGGCAUGAACCAUGAUGGCGUGGGAAACAGCUGCGGGGCUCGUGGCCAAGACCCCGCGAAGCUCAUGGCUGCUCACAUCACCAUGAAGACCAACCCAUUCGUGUGGUCUUCCUGCAGUCGCGACUACAUCACCAGCUUUCUAGACUCGGGCCUGGGGCUUUGCUUGAACAAUCGGCCCCCCAGACAGGACUUCGUGUACCCAACGGUGGCACCUGGCCAAGCCUAUGACGCUGAUGAGCAGUGCCGGUUUCAGCAUGGAGUCAAAUCGCGUCAGUGUAAAUACGGGGAGGUCUGCAGCGAGCUGUGGUGUCUGAGCAAGAGCAACCGGUGCAUCACCAACAGCAUCCCGGCGGCCGAGGGCACGCUGUGCCAGACGCACACCAUCGACAAGGGGUGGUGCUACAAGCGGGUGUGCGUCCCCUUCGGCUCGCGGCCGGAGGGCGUGGACGGAGCCUGGGGCCCGUGGACCCCCUGGGGCGACUGCAGCCGGACGUGCGGCGGCGGCGUGUCCUCUUCCAGCCGUCACUGCGACAGUCCCAGGCCAACCAUCGGGGGCAAGUACUGUCUGGGCGAGAGGAGGCGGCACCGCUCCUGCAACACCGACGACUGUCCCCCUGGCUCCCAGGACUUCAGGGAAAUGCAGUGUUCUGAAUUUGACAGCAUCCCUUUCCGUGGAAAGUUCUACACGUGGAAGACGUAUCGAGGAGGGGGCGUAAAGGCCUGCUCGCUGACGUGCCUGGCGGAAGGCUUCAACUUCUACACAGAGAGGGCAGCGGCCGUGGUGGAUGGGACGCCCUGCCGGCCAGACACAGUGGACAUUUGUGUCAGCGGCGAGUGCAAGCACGUGGGCUGUGACCGCGUCCUGGGCUCCGACUUGAGGGAGGACAAGUGCCGAGUGUGCGGGGGUGACGGCAGCGCCUGCGAGACCAUCGAAGGCGUCUUCAGCCCCACCUUUCCCGGGGCUGGGUAUGAGGAUGUCGUCUGGAUCCCCAAAGGCUCUGUCCACAUUUUCAUCCAGGACCUGAACCUCUCUCUCAGUCACCUGGCCCUGAAGGGAGACCAGGAGUCCCUGCUGCUGGAGGGGCUUCCUGGGACCCCUCAGCCCCACCGCCUGCCCCUGGCCGGGACCACCUUUCAGCUGCGACAAGGACCAGACCAGGCCCAGAGCCUAGAAGCCCUGGGACCCAUUAACGCAUCUCUCAUCGUCAUGGUGCUGGCCCGGACCGAGCUGCCCGCCCUCCGCUACCGAUUCAAUGCACCCAUCGCACGCGACGCGCUGCCCCCCUACUCCUGGCACUACGCACCCUGGACCAAGUGCUCGGCCCAGUGUGCAGGCGGUAGCCAGGUGCAGGCGGUGGAGUGUCGCAAUCAGCUGGACAGCUCGGCGGUGGCCCCCCACUACUGCAGCGCCCACAGCAAGCUGCCCAAGAGGCAGCGUGCCUGC